CCCUUCAACUUCAACACGUCUCCUGUCCCCUCUUUCUCUCUCAAAACAAAACAAACAGAUCACAAUUCAUUUAAAGUCAGCCAUUGUUGCAGAGGUUGAAAGUGGACCCAUAACCAGAUGUUGCUUUUACAGUCUCAUUCGAGGUUCCUUCUUCAGACCUUGUUGAAUAGGGUUCAAAAUUUGGAUAAAGCAGUUGAGCUGGAUUAUCAGUGGGUUGAGUUUGACGAUGUUCGUUACCACGUUCAGGUUACGAUGAAGAAUCCACAUCUUGUGUUGUUAUCAGUGUCAUUGCCCAUUCCACCUCCUGAAACCAUUUUCCUUGGGGGACUUCCAUUUGGAGCUAUAGAAGCUAUAAAAGCUGCAUAUGGUUCGGUUGUACAGAUUCUUGAUCCUCCUCGGGAUGGCUUUAAUCUCACAUUGAAACUCAAUUUGUCAAAACUUUCUCCAGAUGAAGAGAACAGACAAGCUCUGUUGAUGAAGGUUGCAUCUGUAAGAGAAGUGGUAUUAGGUGCUCCAUUAAGAGUAGUGCUAAAACAUCUUGCUACAAGGACUGUUGCUCCAGGUAUGAAUCAGCUUCUUGCCCUUGUGCAUCGACCAAAGGAGUCCUUUUUCCUCAUCCCUAAGGCAGAAAAGGUGACUGUGGUAUUUCCUAUGAGAUUCAAUGACUCCAUUGAUACUAUUCUUGCAACUUCCUUCCUACAGGAAUUUGUAGAAGCAAGGCGUACAGCUGGACUUAAUAAUGCGCCUCUUUGUUUGUGGUCUCCUUCCCCUCCUCUAGAACUGAAGGAAGCUCCUUCUGAAGCAUUAUCUGCCAAUGCAGGAUUUGUUACUUUCGUCAUUUUUCCUCGGCAUGUGGAAGGAAAAAAAUUGGACCGUACGGUUUGGAAUUUGUCAACUUUCCAUGCAUACGUUAGUUAUCAUGUCAAGUGCUCAGCGGGUUUCAUGCACACACGGAUGCGGCGCCGUGUGGAAUCUCUGAUUCAGACCCUGGAUCGUGCCAGACCAGAUUUAGAUAAGGCAAAAAAGUCAAUAAAUAACAGAUCGUUCAAACGGCUGACACUCAAGGAACUCAGGGAUGGCCGGUCAAAUUCAAUGCACUGAAGGCAGGGAUGAGUACGUUUUCUGUUGGAAACUCAGAAAAGUGUUAGUUGAUUAAUUUUUCUUGCAUAUAUCUGGAAAAGCUUGCUCCUGGUGCUUGUAAUUUAUUCAUUACUGAAAAUGGGGAAGAAGGAUUGGGCAGGAUGCUUAAUGUUGGUGGCUAAUGGAAACAAUUUUGUUUGUAGAUGGUCUUUGUUGUAACCAAAACUUCCAUUUUGUUAGGUAAAUUUUGGAGUUUCUAUUGGUAAAUUCUUGUGUUUCCAAGUUUUGAAACAUUGAUUUGUUGGUCCUUUGCCAAGCAAGGUUACACCUGGUUUUGCAUCCCAAGUGACAUGAUGGCAUUACAUAAUAUUUUGUUAGGGGUAAUAUCAUUUAGAGGACACAAUUUGUAUUUUUAUCACGGCAAU